AUGCUCUCCAACGCAACAACCUCCGGCGCAGAGCCCAACAAAGCCCCGAUCUUCACACAUGCCUCCAGAACCCCAAUCCACAACCGGACCAGCAGCAAUGUAUCAUCCUCUUCCUCUGCCUCCACCGACGCGCCAGACCCCUAUACUUCGAUCUACCCGGACGGCAAGAUGUCACUGGCGGGGAUCUCGCUGCGCGCAAUGCUCCUCGGAACCAGCCUCGGGCUCUCGGCAAGCAUGUCGUUGUUCCUAAGUACCGUGUACCCGAAUCCGCUCUGGCGUGUACCCUUCUUCGUCGCCUCAUUGAGCCUGUUCCACUUUUUGGAGUUUUACGUGACGGCGCGGUACAACACACGGUAUGCGACUGUGUCCGCCUUCCUGCUGUCAUCCAAUGGAUGGGCAUACAAUAUUGCGCACGGGUCCGCCAUCGUGGAGUGUCUUGUAUCAAAUAUUUUCUGGCCCGGGCAGAGUGCUGCUGGGCGGAUGGUCACUGUGACGGAACCGUUUUUUGGGAACCGGGUCUCGCUACUGGUUAUCGUAGGUUUUGUGCUUCUGUUGAUUGGACAGGCUAUUCGGACAAUUGCUAUGGCACAGGCUGCUAGUAACUUCAACCAUCAUGUGCAGAGUCGGCACCAGGAGGGUCAUGUUCUGGUUAAUACUGGUCUUUAUCGGUAUCUGCGACAUCCGAGCUACUUUGGAUUCUUCUGGUGGGGUUUGGGAACACAGCUGGUGUUGGGCAAUACGGUCUGCUUUGUUGGGUAUGCCCUAGUUUUGUGGCGUUUCUUCUCGACCCGGAUCAAGCGCGAAGAAGCCUACCUGAUCUCCUUCUUUGGGGACGAGUAUGUUCAGUACAGAAAGGCUACCCCGGUGGGUAUCCCGGGAAUUUAG